CAGCAGCUCCAGCAAGAGCUCCAGAACCAGCGAUCAGAGAUUACCUCCCUGCGCGACAGCGUCGCCCAGCUCCAGCUCCAGCUUCAGUCCCGCCAGCACCCGAACGACGCUCAGACGCGAGUCCGAGUGCGCCUACCAGACCCGCCCAAGUUCGACGGCAAACCGCACACGCUGCGCACAUGGUUACCGUCUAUCCGAGCUAAACUCCGAUCCGACCAGCUCACAGGAGCUGAUGCCUUCGAUUACGUA